AUGUUCUGCGCUGCUGCAGCUCAGGAAGUGGAUGGCCGAAAGGUUGACAUUCGCCUUUCAUCGCGCGUGGUCUCUGUCGUGUUGGCUAGUCCCGAUCUCUGCGUGCUAUUGUCGGACAGGAGCACAGAAAAGAAAGCACAGGACAAAAUUGUUUCCGACUCGGCGUGGAUGGGGUCCACGCUUUCGUCCAGUCCAGAUCGCCGCCUCGUCGUCUACCCUUGCCGCGAGGGUGAUCUUCUCAACGUUGUUGCAAUUCACCCUACGGGUCCUGAAGAGGUCAAAGAGGCAUCCUGGCUCGACUCGGGCAAUCUCGAUCAGCUCCUGGAGACUUAUUCUUCAUUUGGACCAGAGCUCCAAGAACUCUGCCGCAUGGCUGAGGACCUCAAACUUUGGAGCUUGGCGUCACGCUCCCCGCCAACCACUUUCGUCCAGGGCAAGCUUGCCUUGGCAUUUGAGGAUGGAGCUGCAUUGGGCGGUGUGUUGCCAGCCGACACUACACUGGACCAGGUUCCUCAGCGCUUGUCUCUAUACGACAAAGUCCGUUAUGACCGAGCAGUGACAGUUAUGAUGAUGUCCAAGACGCACGACGAACGACGAGCCGAGACGUUGGACGAGCUGCGGAAUUUUGAAGGUCAUCCGAGGUUGUACCUUAGCCGGGGGUCGACCAAUUCCGCGCUUCAGACUCCCUUACCCGGCAUUACGGCACGAGACAUCGACAAGGGGCUUCUGAAUCUUCCGGAGAGCGACGACGGGGGAGGGCUUGGACCCUCCAUCUGGCCGAACAUUUUGGAUCCGCGAUCGUCCUUGGACCAUUUCGACAACAUUUGGUUGGCAUCCACCGAACCAACCACAGGUCCAAUUCCUGCCCCAGAAACCCCUCAAAUACCCACGCCUUUGACUACCGCCACUGUGGGUGAGAUUUAUAAUCGCGCUUGCUCACCUGGCCCCACCGACGAGGCCGUCGAGCCACGACAAUAUCAACCAACCGCAAUCGAGAUCGAUGCGCAGCUGACGUUUCCAGAUAUGCAGCAUAUUCGUACGGAGGAUGUAGACAAAGAACACCUAGCCCACAUCCAUGAGAUUCAGCAGAAUGUCGUAGACGAGGUGGCCAAGCUAGCCUCAGUCCUGGAAUCGAAAUCGCUCUUCCCGCCGUUCGUGAAGUUAAAGAUUCCACCUGCCCCGAUCAUCAACGCUUGGACACAACUAUAUUUUGAACAUUUUCAUCCUGUCUUUCCGGUCCUUCACAAGCCCACAUAUAGGGGCCCAGAUACGCAUUGGCUCCUAGUGUUUGCUGUCAGUGCUAUUGGAGCUCAGUUUUCCCGAAUCCCGCAGGCCCAGACUUGCGCGAGGGCCAUGCACGAAUUGAUCCGUCGACAGUCCAUGUAUCUGCUCGUUGAUUCGGCUUUUCAAAGCCAUUUUGAUCUCACGCCGGUCCUUUCGGUUGGAGAGUUACAGAACUCGUUGCCCCAUGGCGAGGAAAGAUGGGCAGCUUCAGGUGCCCGAGGGUGGGCCAGCUUUUCUACGCACACAGAAUCAAGCACGCUCCAUACGGUGGAGCAAGUUGUCAGAGACAGCACUUGGAUGGCAUCGUGGAUAAAGACCGGCAUUUUGGGCAAACAAACCCUCCUUCAGCUGCUGUCGAACGCCGCUGUCAUUGAUCAAGAUCGUCUUCUUUCCUCACAAUCCCACAACGGUAUAAGCCAGAUCGAGGCUGAGGCGGCGCUUAAGGCGCUACUUGCAGGGACAGAAGAUGAAGAGUCAAACGUCUCAGCAUUAGAACUCAAGGCAUCUAUCUCACAUCGACUGGUGAUUCUCUCAGUCCUCAUGCUGCGUAAUACUCCUCGACUCCCCCUGCUUGCUACAGCCAUGCGUGUGAGGUAUCGUCGUUACACCGAUGAAGAACUCCGCAGUCUAGCGACAGAAUGGAAUAAGGCACCACAGGAGCGUCGACGGGCUGCUGUAUAUGCUGCGCGAGCGUUUGAAUCAGUCCGCAGCCAGUAUUGCGCCCAUUUUUUAACCCCUGUGCUGUUAUUCCGCGCGACUUUAAUCAUUUGGCUCUUUACUGUUCUCGAUGACCUGUCACUUGACUCGCAGCCCGCAAGUGACGCGCCCUUGAUCAUUCUCGGUGCCUCCAAUACGACCGAUCCGAAUCAAGAGCAGUGGGUGGAAUCUGGAAACGGUCGUGUCAAAUUACAGGGGGUUGGCAACAUCUUCUCUUCACUGGGCCGGCAACGAUUUCUUGAUGAGUCGAUCUCUGCGAUGCAGUCCCUCCGAUCGUGGGGGAUAAGUAGAAUCUAUAGGCAACUGCUAACUCAACUACGAGCGGACUAG